GUUUCUCUCCUUGAGUCACAGCCUCUCAGUGCACCGGGAAACCGAGCAAACAGACCGAGUGACCCUUUGUCAAGCACCUCGUCCCCUCUCAGGAUCCUCGCGGCCCUCGGCGAUCAAAUGGCCCUACGCAGCACGGAGAGGCCAUGCAGACGUCCCUCAAGUGCCCUUCAUUGAGUUGGUGAAAGAGAUCUGGAGGCAUUAAAGAGGACACACUCGGGGUGGAAUUGAGAGGCAUAUUAAAACAGCAGGACUGGGGUCAUGGACUGCUGCCAAUAGGAUCUAACUUCACGGAUCUGACCAGAUUUCGAAAUUGAGUUUGGUGAUCCACGCGACCCGGACAAACCUGGCCACCUCUUCAAGGGCAAUGCAGUUUGAUCAUGUGCUGUUUAAUCACAGUUCAUAGGCUCUAAAAAGGAUGGAUAUGCAAAAGUCAUUUCUGAGUCCUGCGAUGUUUGAUUUGGUCAGUGAUGUGGACUUAAUGGAGAUGAUGCCGAACACAUCCGUUCUGGCCCCAAUGGAGACCCAAAGCGCCGACUGCAACGGACUGUUCCAGGACUUGACAUCCAUCCACGAACUCGACAUCUCCACAGCUCGAUCAAAUGACUUUUACGCGCUGUCAUCGAGCACCGCGUCUCCGGUGAGCGCCAGCAGCGGGAAACCCAGACGCAAACGGGUGAUCAGCAGCGUCCAGCGCCAGGCAGCGAAUAUCCGCGAACGCAAACGGAUGUUCAGCCUCAACGAGGCGUUUGACCGGCUGCGCAGGAAGGUUCCCACCUUCGCCUACGAGAAGAGACUGUCACGGAUAGAGACUCUGCGCCUGGCCAUCGUCUACAUCUCCUUCAUGACGGACAUACUCGAGAACAACUGAACUUAUACUCAGUGUUUCAGUCGCAUUGUUUAGAUGAACGUUUCUCAAGGUAUUUAAAGUUUAUUAUGGGAAAAGAAGAAAAAAAUAUAUAUAUUUCUCUGUCACUUUUGGCCUACCUUAAUGGCGUGAGCUCUGUAUGCUGUAAUGAUUGCUGGAGUUAAUCAUAUUCAAAUAUGGA